GUUUAACUCAUACUCUGGAAUUCAUAUAAAAUUAUACAUUUCUGUAGAGAAGGACCUGAUUUUUCAGCCUGAAAGAUAUGGUUAUCAGCAAAGGUGCCAAUGCACCAAGGCCGGUGAUUGCAGCUAAAAUGCUACUUUGGAACAAGGGUUUCCUAUUUCUGAUGGUGCAAUUCUGUGUUAUGGUGAGGGCCUUUGAAACAACAGCCCCUGGAGAACACCAUUCGGAGACUGACAGACACGAAUACCUGAGAGAAGUUUUACAAGUUUUGUCUGUUGAACAACAGUCUCAGCUGAACCGAAACCAAACUCAGUCUUUAAUUAAAGUGUUGUUUGACAUUUUGGAGUGUCCAACGCGGAUUGCUGGAACACAACAACAAUGUGAUCAGUGCCUUUCAGCAGAUGUGCUUUUUUCUGCUGUGGGAGAAGGUGUCAAUGAACACACUGAUGAAGAAGGUUUUCUGAAGAUUUCGACUGUCCUUCUUUAUUAUAUCAUUAACAUGAGAGAUGUCUGCACCUUAAACUCAUCUGCCGGUUCUCCAGACUACCAGUUCUACCUCACUGCUGUGUUGGACUUCAAUCACAAAGAAGACUUUAAAUAUCUCACACAAAACGAAACUGAAAGCAUCUUGGAAGUCAUUAACCAGCAUUACGUGCCUUCAACAACAAGCCAGUGCACAGAUGCAAUGUUGUUAACCAGGGAAGCUGGUAUUCUGGAUACUCGAGGUGCAGACAGAAAAGCUGUACCAAAACUGGCUGCUGCAAUUAUCACUCAUGUCCUGAAACGGAAUUGCUUUAGCAAACACAGCCUGCCCUUACCAGGAUUCUUCACUGAAUACAUCUUCCAUUCCCUGAACAGUACCAGUAAUAUAAGCACAGGAGACCUUGACCACCUGCUUCAUCUGCUGGGACUUGGAGGAAGUCUGGAGCAUAAGAGACACAGGGGGAGGAGAAGCACAGCUUUCAGGCAGCCACAGGACUCAUCACACCUCCCUGUUCAAAUACAAAGACACACAGAACAUCCAGACUGCCACCAUGGCCUUCUACAGCACAUCCCAGACUGGACAAAGGUUUGUUUCUCAGCCAAGCAACUUGUGCAGAUUCAUUUGCAAGGCAGCCAUCCUUUGAUUUCUAAAGAACACUUUAGCCAAAUUAGCCCUGCCAUCAUCCAGCAGUUGCUUAGUGGCGCCUGUGAAAGCAGGGAACAGGACAACACAAGCUCUCCUCCAAGUGCCAUAGAGAAAUAUGGCUACAGCACAUUGGCUGUCUUGGUAAUCACAGUGAGCUCUAUGCUUGGCAUCAUCCUAAUCUUUUUCAACUCCUGUCAAGAGACCUAUGCUCUUAUACUGCAGCUGUUUGUAGGUCUAGCAGUUGGGACACUUUCAGGUGAUGCACUUCUGCACCUCCUGCCACAGAUCCUUGGCCUGCAUGACCAUGUGCAUCAUGAGGAAGACAGUUCAAUCAAAGAAAAAGAUUACCUCUGGAAACUUCUAGGAAUGAUUGGGGCAAUCUAUGGGUUUGUCCUAAUUGAAAAGAUGUUUUUUCUUCUAGUGUCAUCACGAGGUCAGGAUCAUUCAUUUGCAAAUGGCUACUUGGGACAUUCCCAUGACUUUCCUCUGGAAUCUAACUGUAGUGACCAAUCAGUGCGAGAAAAAUCCACAUCAACUAUGCAACUGGGAAUUCCAGAAGAUUCUGAAAACACCGAAAUUCCCUCAGAUGAUUUACAUCUACAUGGUGAAGAACAUAUUUCUACAAGUGGCAAAAAACAAAGGAUUUCCUUGCUGGCUAUCAUGGUUAUAGUUGGAGACAGCCUUCACAAUUUUGCAGACGGACUAGUAAUAGGUGCAGCUUUUUCGUCAUCAGUGGAGACUGGCAUGGCAACCACUGUUGCCAUUUUAUGCCAUGAAAUCCCUCAUGAAAUGGGUGAUUUUGCGGUGUUGCUGAAUUCUGGACUAUCAGUAAAGAAUGCCAUGCUGAUGAAUUUUAUCAGUGCACUCACAGCCUUCAUCGGGCUCUACAUUGGGCUCUUCGUCUCGACGGACACAGGCGUUCAGCAGUGGAUAUUUACUGUUACUGCAGGAAUAUUCUUAUACCUAUCACUAGUGGAAAUGCUUCCUGAAAUGACCCAUGUACAGACUCAUCGCCCCUGGUUAAUGUUCUUCCUGCAGAACCUGGGACUCCUGCUGGGCUGGGCCUGUCUCUUGGUCUUGGCUCUUUACGAGCAUAAGCUUAAAUUCUGAAGCAUCCAAAGCAUUUAUCUAAGAAAUAUAAUUACAGUAUACCUGUAAACGGGAACUCCACUAUUAUAGCAACGGUUUGUAUAAACUAAAUUAGACAAGUUCCAAUUCUUAAAUAUAACCAGUGGUCAUACAAAAUAUACAUUUUGUAGAACAGUUGUUUGUUCUCUAUUAAAACAACCUCACUUGAUUUUUUUGUUUGUUUAAUCAAUUAAACUAGUGGUUAUUAAUGGUCAUUCCUUGGUUGCAGUCCAUGUUUACAGAUGAAAACAUCAAGACGAGGAGUGUCCUGGUGAUCAAACCACUGCUUUAAAAGGGAGGAAUUUUUUGUUAACCUGUCAACAAGCAUCUAUCUUAGCAAAGCCACUGAUUAUAUAUAUACAGUGCCUUGCGAAAGUAUUCGGCCCCCUUGAACUUUGCGACCUUUUGCCACAUUUCAGGCUUCAAACAUAAAGAUAUGAAACUGUAAUUUUUUGUGAAGAAUCAACAACA